AUGAAAAUUGUCCUGUCUCUUCUACUAAUCAUUGUGUAUGAUAUAAAAACUGAGGCACAGGUAUGUUCCAGGCCAAUUAUAAAGAAAGGACAUGUCUAUAUUUACAGGGCCACAUCCAAAAUUAUAGUUAACGUAAUGUCUUGUGUAUUAUAUGACAGAAAUGCUCCUCACUAUGAUGUUUCAGAAAACUGCGUAAAAGCAUUUUCUUCAGGAUUCUAUGUUGACAGAAAUCAAGUAGUGCAUCGUCUUGGAAGAGAAGAACCUUUUCUUAGAUUGGAACAGUAUACCACAACUGCAUACCCAUUAAAGGAUGAAAUAGUUUUAAGGUCUGGAACAAUAUGUCGAUACAGUAGAGGAUUCUGCUACGACCCAUCAGUUAACAUAAACUACGCAGUUGUUUGGAAAGUGGAACCCGUUAUAAAAGGCAUGUGCCCGGACAAAUUGCAACAAAUUUUUGAUGGUAGAGUAGAUAUCUGGACGUUACCCACAAACUUAACCUAUUUGUUUUAUUACGAUUUAAAAUUAGAUCUGUCAUUUGCAGUACGGCUGGUAGACUACUCGGUAUGUCAAAAUAAACAAUUAUGGUACAUCGAAGAUAAUGACUAUGUAGUGUCUUUUAGCAAAUUCGGGAAUCAAAAUAGGCCUACCAAGACUAUAAAUAAGCCAGUUUUCCCUCUACGUUCCAAAAAGCUAGUGACAGAAGCUAUUCUUGAAGACUGUGACUUAAAAAUUGCUUCCUCGGAUCUUAAUUUGCAAAUACAGGCUCAGUAUUUUAAUGACCCUAAAUACCUUGGUGCUAUUUUACAGGUAUAUCAACAAAUUAUUCUUGAUAACAAACAUAGUCUUGUUGCUCUAAAUUCGCGCAUUUCUACGAUGGAAACCAUUAUCAACUUAAACCAAACUGUGAUCCAACAUAUACAAAUGGGAAAAUCAGAGAUACCAGUAGAUAAAGUUUUCGUUGAGAUGCUAAAUAAAAAUAAGGAGUUUGAAGAGUCGCUUAAUGCUGUUAAAGUUGGCACACUGGAUUUGUCUGAAAAAGCAAAUGAGUUUUCAAAUCGGAUGAAUUUUUUGCGUGGUGCGGUAACCCUCUUAAAUGUGAGUAACAAACGUGUAGAACAAAAUAUAGAACAUUUUAAGACAGAAAUGAACCAAAAAAUUGUAGACUUAUUUGGUUUUUGGAAGAACAGAGGUAAUGACAUUGAUAGGUUAGAAAACGUAAUAAGAAACCUAGAUUUUAAAGUAGAAGUUAUUAGAUACAACACAAGUAAAAAUUUUUUACAUACUUUAAUGCUUAAACAAGAAACAAAUGGUUUAAUUCAUGAACUGCAAAAGGAUAAUAUCAUAUUGGCAAGUACUAUAGAUGGCAUUAAAUCACAUUUAUUAAAAUUAGAAAACUCGGUAGAGAGUGCUACUAGAAUAUCUGUUAAUUUUACAAAUGUUUUAGAAAAAAUACUUGAAAUUGAAAAGACCAUCAAUCAACAAGUAAAUGAUAUCACGAAGUUGAAAAGUGACAUAGAAAUAUUAGUGGCUUUUAAACAAAAAUAUACAGAGCUGAAUGAUACUAUCAUUAAAAAGGUUAAUAUGGUGGAUAACAAGAUUGAAAGUUUAACUAAUUUGUUUAAUUUGUACAAAAAAGAUCAACAUAUUUGUCACACGACUUUGAAUGGUACAGCCCCAUCCGAUUCAAAUGAAAAAACCAACAUUCAUAUGUCUAUCAUAAAUAAUACUAUAACUUCAAAAAUUAACGAGAUUCAAACGGUCUUAAAUGAACAAAUGAAAACUUUGUCGAAAGAGUUAAGUGAAUUAAAGAAGGAGUUUGGAGAGAUUGUAGAACAAAUAGCACGGCAAGAAGCACAGAGACUUAAACAGCUAGAGGACAAAUUAACAACCGAUAGAAAACGCAUUUAUUCAAAAUUUAAUGACAUAGAAGCUAAGUUUAAUAAAGCAGCUGCUGAACUAUUCAAAAAUAUUACUGAUCUUGUAAACAAUGCUGAGAAAAGAAUCAAUGAAAAUAUGCGGAAAGCUAAAACAAAUAUUUUACAAGAAGCAGGUCUUUAUGCUGAUGUCUCAUUUGUAAAGAAGAAAACAUUUGACGAAGAAAUAGAAAAAAUUAAACAGAAUGUAACUGCCGCAAUAACUAAUGUACAGCAAAAUUUUACACAGAAAUUAAAUCUUGAAAAUAUGGUUAAGGAAAAUGUUGAGUUUAUAAAUGACACUAUAAAAAAGAAGGAUAAUAUUUAUGAAGAAAAAUUUCAAAAAUUAGAAAAUAAUAUGAAAGGUAUAUCUAAAGUUGUUGAUAAAACUAUAACGGAUAAAAUUAAGGCAGCUUUAUUGUCCUAUAAAAACUCUAGUGCGGUAUGUGAUGAAACAGUUCUUAAUUUAGAGAAAAACAUAAGCCAAAAAUUUACUGAUCUAAAAUUGGAGCUAGAAAAUUCUAAAAAACAAGAAAACGAUAAAAUUGAAAACAAAAUAGAUGCACUAGAUACAAAAAUUAUGCAAACAGAAAAAAAUUUUGCAAAACAGAAUAUGACCUCUCAAAAAAUUGAUAAAAUACUUGAUGAUUUAAAGCAAGAUAAAGGCUCAAUAAAUGAUAAACUCAAAACGCACCAAAGCGCUAUAAAUAAUCUUCAAAACGAAAUGGCAGAUUUAGACAAAAAAAUUGCAGGUAACACCGAAAUAAAUCAUCAACUAGAAUCCAUUAAUAAAACUUUAGUUAACCAUGUAGAAUUUUUGCAGAAAGAAGUUAAAAGAAUUGAAAAUAAAUUAGAUGAUGCACAUUCUGAUACAUUGAAAUUUGUGAAUAAAGCGGAAAAUGAAAUUAAAACAAAUUUUAACGAACAAUCAACUAAGAUCAGCAAUUUAAUUUUAGAAAUUAAUACAGUUAAAAACAGAUUUGCAGAACAAAAAUUUGGCAUCAAAUAAAGCUGACGCAAACAUUGAUAUUCUUAAAGAAAAUAUUACCAAGUGUAAUAAUAAGCAAAAAGAAAGUGACCGUGAAAUGGAUAAUUUAAAAAAAGAAAUAGAACAAAUAAAAAAUGACUUCAAACAAAAAGAAGAGUCAUUUACAAACUCUUUGUCGAAUGUACAGACAAUGUUAAACAAGAAAAAUGAAGAAAUUGAGGAAAUAAAAACAGAACUACGCAAAUUAAUGAGUUGUUGCACAGAAAACAAAAAUGAAAUAAAAGAUAAAGGAACUGAGAUUAAAAAACUUAAAGAAGAGUUUACUAAAGCUAAUAAGGAGCUCAAAGAGGAACAGAAAAAGUUAGCUGGUACGCUACAUGACGCACUAGAUGGUACAACAGAUGUUGUUCAACCGGAUAUUCAAUAA